AUGUUUAACAGAGUCAUAUUUGCAUCUACGAAACGCUCAUUUGCCGGAAGAGUGCUCCCACAACAAGUUGGAGCUGCCACCAGAGGCUUCUCCAGAUCCAUCCAGCAAGCACAAGAGAACCAGGGUAUACCUCCAAGACUGGCGCAGCUGAUGAGCCAGAUCGGCAAUCACCCAAACUUGCUGGAGUCAUUCCAGAAACUGAGGUCCAUUGCUGAACAAAAACAACUCAUUCCAACAGACAGCAAGGGAAGCCUUUCAUUAAUGCAGCAGUUCAAGUUCCUGACCGAUAACGAUAUCAAGGCAUGUCUCUCUGAGAUCAAGCAGGAGCUGGAGUCUUCCAACAUCCAGUUUGCUCCGCAAGAUGCGAAACUGUUGUUCGAAUUGCUUACUAAGGCAUAA